GUAUUGGAGCUGACAAUGACCUUUAUAUAAACCAGGCCAUAGUAUUUAUUGAAGAUGCGAUACAGUAUCGAUCUAUAAAUCACCGCGUAGACUCCAAAUCCCUGUGGCUUUAUCGAUGGUACUACUCAAGAACUUGCCAGUGGAUUUUGAGUUUAACCAUUACUACAAUCCUGGCUUUGGCUUUCAUUGAAAAGCCUUCUUCACUUACUAUCACGUCAGAUAUACGAUACCGCCUUCCUGCGUGGAAUCCUCCGUGUGGCCUAACAGAAAGCGUUGAGCUGCUUUGUUUUUUUGUGUUCAUGGUUGAUGUAUCUGUGAAGAGUUACUUAAUUGGAUGGGAAGAAUUUUGGAAAAAUAAAUGGCUAAUAGCUUAUAUACUGACAUUAAUUGUUUCCCUUACUGAUUGGAUUGUAUCGCUGAGUCUUUUCUGCACAGAGGAUGUGAGAAUAAGAAGAAUUCUUCGUCCAUUCUUUCUCCUUCAGAAUUCUUCUAUGAUGAAGAAAACAUUAAAAAGUAUCAACAGCACCUUGCCUGAAAUGGCAAGUGUUGUUCUACUACUAGCUGUUCAUCUGUCUCUCUUUACCAUGUUUGCUAUGCUGCUGUUUGCUCGAACAAAGGAUGGCCAGCAGGAUAAGGAGUGGGUGGGGUAUUUCCGGAAUUUGCCCGAUUCGCUGACAUCACUGCUGGUCCUGCUAACUACUGCAAAUAAUCCUGAUGUGAUGAUUCCUGCAUAUUCUAAGAAUCGAGCAUAUUCCAUCUUCUUUAUACUGUUCACUGUAUUAGGCAACUUGUUUCUGAUGAACUUACUUACAGCAAUAAUAUACAACCAGUUUCGAGGAUACCUUUUGAAAUCAGUUCAGUCCUCCCUCUUCAGGAGGCGACUAGGAAUCCGGGCUGCCUUUGAAGUGCUUUCUUGCCUGAAAGAGACUCCCACUUAUGCACAACAGUCGGCUGUCAGCAUUGGGGCCUUACUACGAGUGCUGCAGAAAGUUGAAAUGGAUUCUCGCUGCAAGCAAGCCAUCAUGAGAUCACUCAAAAUGUGCUCCUGUGACCAGCUGUCAGCAGCCCAGUUUCAGAAGCUCUUUGAAGAACUAGACAAAGAGGCCAUUAAACAACAUCCUCCCAGUCCAGAGUACCAAUCCCAUUUUAUGCGGAAAAUGCAGUUUGCCUUUGGCCAUGCCUACUUUGGUUACUUGGGGAAUGUUGUAGCCCUUGCAAACAUUGUUUCUAUCUGUGUGGUUUUGGUGAUGGAUGCAGAUAAGCAGCCUUCUGAAAGAGAUGACUUCUUCCUGGGGGCGAUCAACUGCUUCUUCAUCCUAUACUAUCUGCUGGAAAUGUUGCUGAAAAUCUUAGCAAUGGGCUUGAGAAGAUACUUGUCAUACCCAAGCAAUAGAUUUGAUGGACUUCUGACUGUAAUUUUACUGGUUUUGGAGAUUGCAACUUUUGCUGUGUAUGGAUUUCCUCAUCCUGGUUGGAGACCUGAGUUCAUGGGCUUGUUAUCCCUCUGGGAUAUGGUGCGACUGGUGAACAUGUUAAUUGUGUUCAGGUUCCUGCGCAUUAUUCCUAAUAUGAAGUUCAUGGCUUUGGUUGUUACUACAUUGCUGGAUCUCGUAAAAAACUUGAGAGCCUUUGCAGGAAUCCUUGUGGUGGUUUUUUAUGCAUUUGCUAUAACUGGCAUAAUGCUAUUUAAAGGUGCUAUUGUUCCCAUGGGAAAUAUCAGUGCUGUCAAUACAACAUAUGAUAAUGGCACUCUGCCGUGUGGCACCUACGAACAGCUGGAAUAUUGGCCGAACAACUUUGACGACUUUGCCGCAGCAGUGGUGACCCUCUGGGAUGUGAUGGUGGUAAACAACUGGCAAGUCUUUUUGGAAGCGUUUUCAAGAUAUUCGAGUCCGUGGGCAAAGGUCUAUUUUGUAGCCUGGUGGUUGAUCUCCUCUGUCAUCUGGGUUAAUCUCUUUGUAGCUUUACUUCUAGAGAACUUUAUUCACAAGUGGGACCGUCGCUGUCAUCGAGAGCCUCUUUCAGAUAUUGAAUACCAGAGGACAGUUGAACUAAUGUUCAGAGAUGUUUUGGAAGAACCUACAGAGGAAGAGUUGAUGGAAAAACUGCACCAGCAUCCACACCUGCAGUUAUGUAGGUGA